GGCAUACUCGACGCAGGCCGAGUCAGGCCGAGGCUCGAGAGUCGUCCAGGAGUUUUCGACUCGAACCAGUCCCUUCGAAAACCACCCCGAAGUCCAUCGUCGUCGUCGUCGUCGUCGUCGUCGUCGUCAUCAUUGUCGUCGUCGUCGUCGUCGUCGUCAUAAUCGUCACACUCGUCGUCGUCGUCGUCGUCGUCGUCGUCGUCGUCGUCGUCGUCAUCGUCGUUUCUUGAAUCGUCAGCUCGAUUUCGUGCCACGAUUUCCUCCAAAGAAAUCCUUUUCGAAUUUCAUCGAUCGAACAUAACGAUUUAGAAAAGGACAGCCAAUUGACGGAGGAUACGUAAGGGACUGAAGCGAGGGACACAAGCAGAGACAUGGACAAUGUGCAAAUGAUCGGCACUAAAAUCACAGCAAUCAAGGAAUACUUAUAUAAUUUUGCAAGGACGCACUCACCCACAAGACUAAUGAGUAACGAAAAUACCUACUCCCUCUCCAGGGAAUACUGUAACCUCAAAUACUCGGACAUCCUGCCUCACAAUGCCGAAAGUUAUCCAGCGACGAAAGAGUUCUUGAUGAAGGUCGUGGACAUCCUAUUGGAUUACAUCAAAGCAACGAACGAUCGAAACGCUAAGGUCCUAGAUUUUCGUCAUCCAUCGGAAAUGAUUCGUUUGCUUGAUCUUGAGAUACCCGACACUGGUCUGACUUUGCAACAACUACUGAUCGACUGUUCGACGACAUUAAAGUAUCAAGUGAGAACGGGACAUCCACAUUUCUUCAAUCAACUGUCCUGCGGUCUUGACUUGGUGUCGAUGGCCGGCGAAUGGUUGACGGCGACGGCGAAUACAAACAUGUUCACUUACGAGAUCGCCCCGGUUUUCAUAUUAAUGGAAAAUGUUGUUCUACAAAAGAUGAGAGAAUUGAUCGGUUGGAAUUGCGGCGAUUCGAUCCUAGCACCUGGUGGAUCCAUCAGCAAUUUAUAUGCGUUCCUAGCAGCGAGACAUAAAAUGUUUCCCUCGUACAAAGAACGUGGUCUUUCUUCGAUAGGAGGUCAACUCGUUAUGUUUACGUCCGAUCAGUGCCAUUAUUCCGUGAAAUCGUGCGCUGCUGUUUGCGGUUUGGGUACCGACAAUUGCGUUAUGGUACCAAGCGACGAACGUGGUCGAAUAAUACCAUCGAAAUUGGAGGAACUUAUCCUAGAACGCAAGGCUAAAGGUCACAUACCAUUCUUCGUAAAUGCAACAGCAGGGACGACCGUGAUCGGUGCAUUCGAUUCAAUUCCAGAAAUAGCUGAUAUUUGCAAGAAAUACAAGCUUUGGCUUCACAUAGAUGCAGCUUGGGGCGGCGGUUUACUUCUAUCUCGAAAAUAUAGACAUCCAAGAUUGACUGGCAUCGAACGGGCUGACUCGGUAACGUGGAAUCCGCACAAAUUGAUGGGAACUUUACUUCAAUGUUCGACCAUACACUUCAAACAGGAUGGUCUAUUAAUUAGCUGUAAUCAAAUGUCAGCGGAAUACUUAUUCAUGACUGAUAAACUCUAUGAUGUACAAUAUGAUACCGGCGACAAAGUUAUUCAAUGCGGUCGUCACAAUGACAUUUUCAAACUCUGGCUACAAUGGCGAGCUAAAGGUACGGAAGGUUUUGAAAAACACAUGGACAGGUUAAUGGAACUAACAGAAUACAUGGUCAGACGAAUCAAACAAAUGCCAGACAGAUACUACUUGAUUCUCGAGCCUGAAAUGGUGAACGUAUGUUUCUGGUAUUUGCCAACGCGCGUUAGAAAUAUGCCGCAUGGACCGGAAAGAGAAAAGAUUUUGGGAGAAAUCUGCCCGAUCCUGAAAGGUCGUAUGAUGCAAGCUGGUACAUUGAUGGUUGGUUAUCAACCCGAUGAUAGGAGACCCAACUUCUUUAGAAAUAUCAUUUCGAGUGCUGCAGUGACAGAAGCUGACGUUGAUUUCUUAUUGGCUGAGAUGGAUCGACUGGGUCAUGAUCUCUAAGCUACCUGCCUAGAAUAAAAUCGAUCGAUCGAUCUUUCUCAUUUAUCUAUUCAUCCUAUCGAUACGAAUAAAACCGUGCGAGCGACGAUUGAUCUAAAUCGUUCAUUAUCGAGAAAACUAAAUUGACGAAUGAUGUUUAUCUAGACGUGUACAAAACUCGCGCGGUCAAAACUCAAAUUUGCAUAAUUCAUGGAAUGUUAUUGGUAAGAAACAUACGUUAAUACGGACGGAUGCAUGCGGCCUUAUUUUAUUCUAUUCUUUUCUUUUAUUUUUUCUUUUUUAUUUUUAUAGAAUAAUCAGCUAAAUUAUGAUCACUUUCGAUCAUUUUUAAAAAUCUAAUUUUAGUAUCAUUUUUGACAAAAAAAUGAUCUUUCUAUCGAGAAACUAUUCAUUGCGAUUAAAUUUUUUCUAUAUCGUUUUUUAUUUUAUUUAAAAAAAUUAAAUUAGAUAUUUUAUGUAUAUAUAUAUUGUUGUUAUUUAUUAAAAACGAAAUAAGUAAAUAUAUUAAGCUUUAAAUUCGAGCCUGAUGCACCGAACGAUUUCUUAAUCGUUCCUUAGGGCAAUAGGUAUUAACAUAAUUCGUUUAUAAGUGUUGACAUCAUUGUUUAAAUUAAGAAACUAAUAGCGUACGAAGAAAGAUUGCAAGUUGUUAACGCAAGUGUGAACGCAUGGGGAAACAAAAAAAUAAAUAAAAACAAUAACUAAAUGAAACGAAGAAAAAGAAAGAAAAAGAUAUAAAAAAGCAACAAACUGACGACGGUUAAAAGAUACUCAUAGUAUUUAAGAUAUUUAGUUCUGUAAGAGAAGUACACAGCAUAUCCAUGAAAAUAAUUACAAAAGAAAAAAAAAAGUAAAAAAUGUCAAGUUACAACAAAGUAGAUAUUUCCGGCCGUAUAAAAAGUUAAAUAAAAUAAAGAAAUGAAUAAAUAAAAAAUAUAUAUAUCAGAUUUUCACUUUACUCUCUAUCUCUUUCUUUCUAAACCACGUAUGUAAAUAAAUACAUACAUAUAUACAUACAUACAUACAUACAUACAAACAUACAUACAUAUAAAAAAAGGUAAUAGAAACAAAAGAUGGAAGUAUAUUAAUUGCAAGAAUUCAUUUAUGAUAGAUCAAAGCAAUAACAACGUCAAUAUAUAUGAAGAUGCACGUUCCAACUCUUCUAUUCGAUUCAUUUAUUAGAAUCUAUUAGAAAUGAAUGUUAAUUCUAAAUUCGUAAGAUCUAAACAUUCGAGAAAAAUCAAAAACGUACGAAUAAAAAUAUAAAAAAGAUGUAAACACACGAAUUGCGUUACGCUUGCACAUUUAAGCAAUUAGAAACUAGAAAUUAAUUUCAAUUAUAAAUUCGUCAAAUACCUAUAAAAAUAUCUGAGAAAAAAUAAAUAAAAAUGAUCUAAGCGUCAUAAUAUAAAUUGCGUUACGCUUGCACUUCAAUUAUUAUAUGCGUUGAAUCGUCGUUGUUGUUGUUAUUGUGUUGUACGAGUUACAACGAAUCGCAAAUGAGUAAAGUAAUUAAAUAAAUAACUAAUCAACUAACUAACUAUGCCUAUUAUAUAGAGAGAUAUCAGGAUUAAAAAAAAAAAAAGAAUUUACGAACGAAAUGCCACAAUGAUUAAAUAUUACAUAAAUAAAUACGUUUAUAACUCGUGGCUUCUUGCUUAGAGUAUAGUUAUCGAUGCUGUGCAUUAUUUUUGUUAUAUAAAUAUCGAUUACGAAGAGAAAAGAAUAUUGUUAUUUAUCGAAUCGUUUGCAGAAAAAAAAAUAUCGAAUAUGGAAUAUAUCCUGCAUUUAUUAUUAUAUUAUAUACUGACGUAAUUAUAUAAUAUUAUUGUUUACUGUUGAACAGUUCGAGCAAAACAAAGUGUAAUGAAUUAUAUAUAUAUAUAUAUAAAAAUAUAAAUGUCAAAACAUAUAUAUUAUAUAUAUAAACAAAUAUAUAUAUAAUAUAAUAUGUAUAUAUAUAUAUAUAUUUAGUGUUGAGACAAUUUUAAAAUACAAAACACAAACCCAUGAAAGUACAUGCUUUUCAAAUAUUCGCAUGAAUGGUUGUCAGAAGUUCGAUUGUUUAAACUUUUAAAGAUUGAUCAUUUAAUUUCUUUUGUUAUUGCAAAGUGAUUAUUAUUUAUAACAAAAAAAAAGAUUAUAUAUGUGUGUAAAUUUAUGACUUUAAAAUCUGAUAUAAUACAAAACUAAUUUCUUUGAAUUUUUAAUGUUAUCUUUCUUUUUUUUAACCAAAAAGAACAAUGAAAUAAAAUUUUAUUUUUUUUUUCAUUUUAUUAAACUUUCAUUUAUUGGACAACAGUUCAAAACGAAUAAUUCUACAGAUUUCGACUCACUCGCCAAUAUUGAGUAAUUCAAGACUAAAGAUAAGUGAAUUAAAAAAAAAAAAAAAGAACAAAGUAAAAAAUAAAUUAAAAAAAAAAGGAAAAAAGACAAAAAUUUACAAAAAAUAUCUAGAUGUAAUUAACGCGACAAAGAUAAUAAUAAAUAAAUAAAUAAAUAAAUAAAUAAAUAAAUAUAUGUAUUUAUGUAUAAUACACACACAGAGAGAAAGACACAUGAAAAUAUUCAAAGAUCGUUCUUUUCCGUGCAACGAUCUAUAGAUCUCAAUUAAAAUGAUAUCAUUACCCAUUACGUAGAUUAAAAUCGAGAAAAUUUUUUCUUUUUUUCCUUUUUUCUUUUUCGAUGCCAAGAAUGCUAGAAAUUCAUUGAUCGAUUCGACUCUAAAGUGUACCAUUAUUAUAUAAAUAUAUAUAUAUAUAUAAAUAUAUAUAUAUAUACCCAUACAGGGUGGGCCAAAAGCUUCUAGGAAGUUUCAAAAAUCAAUUACUCUUUUUUGAAAUCUUUUAGACUAAUUUUCUUUUCAACUGUUUUCUUUUUUUUCUUUACAUUGUGAAACUACAAACUCUUGGGAACUUUUAACCCACACUGUAUAAUAACUACGACUAUAGAACUAUGAUAUGCUAGUAAAUGGCAAAUUGUAUUUUUGAAGAUUCGAUAUCAACUGAUUAGAAAAGAGAAAUAUAGUAUAGAAAAAAAAAGAUAAAAAAUAAAAGAAUAAAAAUACAAACAAAUCCACCGAUACCUUGUAAAGAAUAAAAAGACGAAAAAAUAGAUAUGCAUCCACACGUAUAUACACACACAUGUAUGCACAUACACACACACACAUAGACACAUACAAGCAAUCAUAUAAUAGUUGUUGUUAAACUGUUCUUGUCCGUAAAUUUAUUCACCCGUUAUACAAUGCAACAUUCAGAAAAGAGUAAUUAAUGUGAAAAAACUGAUGGCUAUUAGAAAAACAAAUAAAUAAAUAAAUAAAUAAAUACAUAAAAAUAAAAUAAAGAAAAAAGAAUGAUAUAUUUAUAUGAAGAAGAGAAUAGACGAUUAAAUCCAAAAUAUUCAUUUUGUAAAUUUGCGUGAAUAGAUCGAGCGAUCGAAUGGCAUUAAAAAAAAUUCAUCUCGUUAAUCAAGAAGAAAAAUGAAAACAAAAGGAAAACUAAGAAAAAAGGGAAAGAAGAACUUUGUUCUAAUGAUGUUUUACAAUAACAAAAACGGUUGUACAUUAUCCUUGUGCCAAGUUUCUUGAAAAAAAAGAAAAACCGAUCAAUUAAUCAGUCAAUCAAUCAAUCAAUCAAUCAUAAAUUUACAUUAAUAAUAAAUAAAUCAUUUCGCAUUUACUACGAAGAAGGUAAUGGUGAAAAAUGCAAAAAAUAAAAAAAAAAAGAGAAAAAGAUUUAUCACGAUUAAUUACAAUUGGUUUUAUGCUUCUUCGUUGAUUUUUUGUUUCUUUAGAAAAUUUUAUUUCAACACUGUACAUCUUUAACUGAUUUAUUUCCGAUCUAUCUCGCACGCUAUGCACUUAUGCACUUAUGCACUUAUGCAUCUAUGCACCUAUGCACCUAUGCACCUAUGCACAAUGCACUCGCACGUUAUUAACACAAUCAUUUUUGCAUUUGUAAAAUCUGCAUCUAUUAAUAUUAAUAUUGAUAUCAAUAUCAAUAUAAUAAGUAUAUUAAGCGAUGUACUAAUAUAUCAAUAUACUUGUUAUUGUCUGAAGAAAAGAAAAAGAUAAAAAAUUGGAGAAAAAAAGAAAAGAAACAAAAAUAUGAAGAAAUUGGCACAAGUAUAACGACAAUGAUAAUGUCAAUUGCUUUUUCUCUCGAUUAAUCACUCUGUGUAUGAUUCUCAAGCUCAUUAUCGAGUUAAUUAUCGAUUCAACGUUAUAUAUAAGUCGAUAAAACGAAAUUAACAGCAAAAUCACACGUCUUCCAAAAUACAGAGAAUAAUCGAUUAGACACUUUAUAGUAGGAGAAAAUCUUUGUAAUCAUUCAAAGAUCAAAAUCUCCUCGUCUAAUUGUAUAUGUAAACGCAAAAUCUCGCUAACGAAGUGUACGAAGUAAAACGGGAAAGAAAGAUAAAAAAAAAAGAAAAAGAAAAAAAAAGAAAGAAAAAGAUAACAUACUCGAGAUAAAUUCGAUGAAUGUAAAUUAUGUGAAACGAUGUUUUGUGCUGUGCACGUCGUAAUCACUACUGUAUUACAGAUAUCACCUAGCCAACCUAAUCGCCCUAAUUAUCCACUGUAUAUCAAUGUCUAAUAAACUGCUGUUAUCUCUCAAAUUGUCAAUACAGAAA